AAGUGUAUGGCAGCCAUGCUUAUUCUCCACCUAUUGCCAUCACAUGACUUCUAGGCAAGAGGGCCAGCUACUAAGCUCCUGAAACAUUACUUCUAGCAACAAUUCCGACAUGUUUCCGGCCUUGGUUUCCUUUAUAAAGUGGGCUGAACCCAGGGAUCCUGCAUCAGUCACAGCAACAGGCCCUUUGCAACAGUCUAGCCUGACUCCUACAGUUUCUCUCCACCAAAGAGCAUGAAGUCCUCCACAGCUGCCCUUGCUGUUCUUGUUGUGGCUGCCCUCUGCUGCCAGGUCCUCUCUUCUCCAGCUGCUGUCAACUUCUCCGGUCCCUGCUGUGUCAAAUACUUGAGCAAAAAUUUUCCCUUGAGACACGUGACAAUGUAUGAGUACACGAGUAUCCACUGCCCCCAGGCAGGCGUGAUAUUCACCACAUUCAAGGGCAAGUCAUUCUGUGGCAACCCCCAAGAUGAGUGGGUCCAGAAUAUCCUGAAACAGCACAAGGACCAGGCUGGCAGUGGAUGAGCAACGCCCUGCUCCCUUCAAGCAUCAACUCUGCUGAGGAACUCUUCUUGUGGUCAACUCUGAGACAUGUCCCUGUCCUCUUAUCACCUGUGAAUUUUGUAGACUGUUUGCUAUGGUGUUUAUUUAAGUGCAUGAAAAAGCAUCUUAAUUUAUUUGUUAUUUUCAGGCAAACUUUUUGUUCUAAUUUGUACUGAUUGUAUUUCAGUUAUUUUUGGAUAAUAAAAAUGAUCAAAACCUG